AUGGCAAUUUUAAAAUAUGAAGAGCAAAAUUACAAAUAUGUCACACCCUCAGAGAGUCAACCAGCUCAAAUGACAGAAAAGGAAACAUUAAAAUAUAGAAAAUUUUCUGCAUCCUUGAACACAGAAAAAACAGAGGUUUAUGAAGAUGAUUACCUUCAAGAAAGUAGAACUCAAGAAGAUGUUGCUCCAGAACCAGUUCCCCAUAAAAAGAAAAAGAAAUCAAAGGAAGAAAAAUAUCAAACUCCCGUCUGUCUAAAAGCCAGGAGGGGGAAGCGUGUGUCAUACGAUAGAACAGAACCAGAAGACGAUGAUGCAAUAAGGCAUAUCAUUAGGCUACGAGAAAAACUUGGCUGGCAAACAGUGUUAGCGCCCCGUAAUUUGGAACACAGACACCCCAAGACUGCAGUUCAGAAGGUUGUUCUAAAGGAACCUUUGAAAGAUGAUGGAGAAUUUGUGUAUUGUCUUCCUCGGAAAAACCCUAAAGUCUUUUAUAAUCCGUAUGACCUUCAGGUUGUCUCUGCCCACAGAGCUAGAUAUGGCAAAGAAUUCUGGACUAUUUCGGCUUCAUUCAUUUCAAAGUUUACCAAAAUAGGCGGUGAUAAAGAAGCAGAACUCACACCUACGUUGGAAUGGCUGUUAGAAAGGAGAUGUUACUAUUUAUUACAGCAAUUCAAUAUAUUUUCCAAUUUUCGAAUUAAUAAAGCAUUUGUUACUUGGAAAUUGAAUGUUAAAAGAAUUAAGACAGAGAAGAGCAGGUCAUUUUUGUCCCGCCAUCUUUUUUGGGCUGAUGAGCUAUUUCAGAGUUGUUUGCUUUACAUAAUGGGACUUUGUGAAGAUGCAGUUACGCUCAAAAAUGAUAAUGAACGUGAAGAUAAUCCGUCUGCCAUAUGCCUUGUAAAGCUGGAUAGGUCUCGAACAUACUCUCUCGAUGGAUUUUGUGAAGAGCAGUUUCAGCAAGCUACCCACGCAUUGAAACAGCUUCAGGAUAUCAGGGAUAAAGCUAUUUCAGAAAUGAAAAGUACAAUUUUAAAGGUGGCAGAAAAGGAGGAAAUUAGAGACUAUUUCGAGUCAAAGUUCUCUGAGGAUGACACAACCCAUUUCAAACUGCCUAAAUGUCGACGUUUUUUAAAAAUAAUUUUGAGGUUUCUGAUGCUGGUUGACUACAUAUUUCAGGAGCUCAUUCGUCAGUUAAUGAACACUGCAGUCACGCUGCUUUUGGAAUUGUUUGAGAAUUCGGCUAGAAUGCCAUUUUCAGUGGAAAAGAAGAAUGAGAAUCUCAUCAAAAUAUAUAAGGACAUCUUUGCUUUUACUGAAAAGAUAACAAAUGAUUAUGGAGAACUUGUUAAUAAUUCAAACUUACCUGCUACUUCUGUUCAAAAGAGAGAAGUAAAAACAGAAGCUGAUAUUACUGAGAUUUUGAAGAGCAUUGCAGUGGCUAAGGAUUUGGGAAGAACAUACGCACCAAUAUUUGAAGUCAGUCUGCACUUGAGAACUCCUGCUGAGAGCGAUUCUUCAGGAGAUUCUAAAGAGAACUUUCAGGAAUGUGAUUGGUGCUCUGGAAAAUCUGUGAUGUGUGAAGAGGAAGAAAUAUCAAAAAGUGAAGUUGGUUGUGUCAUAAAAUGCUCAAGUGAUGCACUCCCAGUAAUGAAACCCAUAAAAGUGAGUGACAGCCUUGAAGAAAUUCUUUCAGAUGUAGACAUCACGACUCAAUUUGAGGAUAAUUAUAUAUAUGAUGAACUUUUAGAGUUCCCUACAAAUCUCUUUAUUGCUCCCAACAGAUUGGAGUUUUCAAUAAAAUUUCAAAAUAUGGUGACUGAUAUUGAAAAAUGUAUAACCAAGAUUAUUCCUCUUUACCAAGAUCCCCGCCUGUCUAUCUUUACUGAUUUGAUUGUACUUACGGAUUUAUCUAACAAGACACAAAGUAAAAUAGACAAUAAGAAGCAAACCAAGUGGCUAGAUUGUGAGAUCCUUUUUGAAAUGGAUCCUAUCUACCAAAAUAAAAUUGUGAGUCUCCUGACUAUCAUUGGCAAUUCAAUGGGCCUAGUUAGUGCUUACAGCUCCAAGUUUACAAAAUAUUGUACUAUGGUAGAGAAGGCCAAAAUCAUGAGUCUGAAAAUAUCGUCUAUGGAAGAAUUAACUUCACCACAGUUUAGAACCAUACUAGCUAAAUUCAAGAAGUGUCUCAAACAUAUUGUUAUUAUGACCAUUGAGAAGCGUAUUGGUAUUUUCAGUGUUUUAAGUCUUGGUUAUCAGUCAGAAUGCUUACCAUAUGUUGAGAAUAUCAUAAAUAUAAGUCAGGACCUCCUGCGAUCUAUAAUUGAAAAAAAGAAUGCAAAUCUAUUAGAAGUUGUAGGAUCAUCAUUGCGAGAGCUGGAACGUGAUCCCAUUGAAAUAGGAGAAUUUUUGGAACAUUUUACUUUUUUGGAUGCAGUUUCCUCGAAAAUAUCUAACUUAGAAAAAGAGUAUUCAACAGUGGCUCAACUGUAUUCCGUUUUAAGGUAUUACCAGGUCCAUAUUUCAGAAGAACAAGUUGCCUUGCAUAAUAUCCUCCUUACCCAGUUUGCUCAAUUAAAAGCUGCUGUGAAGUUAAGCAAAACAAAUAAAGAUGCUACUAUUGCUAAAUUCAGAGACAACCUGGAAGUAUAUAUCACUGGUCUACGAGUUGACAUUAGUAAUUUAAAGGCCAAAAUAAGCACGCCUGUUCUGUUGUACACUGGCACUCGAGUGUCAACAGCAAUGGAAAUGAUCCAGACUCUCUCCCAGGAAGCUGCAGGCCUAGCUAACAGAGUGAAAAUAUGCACAAGCCAUCAGGACUACUUCACUGACGCCCAGUCUCACAUGCAUUCCCUGAACUUGGAAGAGAUCAUGCAGGUUGCACUGUCAGAGAUCUCGGACAUUGAGUACGAUUUGACCUUAAGGAAAAUAUUAUGGGAUGCCCAAGAGGAAUGGGGAGCCCUCGUUAAGGAAUGGAGGAAUAGCACUCUGCACAAUAUUGAUACAGAAUCCAUGCAGAGAAAUGUUUUAAAAUGGAUGAACAUACUCUUCGUCCUAGAAAAAGGUUUACCUAAAAACAACAUGGUGACGCAUCUCAAGCAGUCGGUGAUAGACUUCAAACAGCAGCUGCCUAUCAUCAUAGCGCUGGGGAACCCGUGUCUCAAGCCGAGGCACUGGAAGGCUCUCCAGGAAGUUAUUGGAAAGUCGGUUGCUCUUGAUAAAAACUGUACAGUAGAGAAUCUGCUUGCGCUCAAGAUGUUUCAGUAUGAAAAUGAAAUAAAUGAAAUCUCAAACUCAGCAACUCGUGAAAGUGCUCUUGAAAAAAUGCUAUUUAAGAUUAUCGACCUUUGGAACACGACUCCUUUACAUCUCGUUCACCACCGCACGGGGACCGGCUCUAUCCUAAUCAUCUCGUCUUUAGAGGACUUACUAGCUCAGUUAGAAGAGUCUCAGAUCAUACUUGGAACAGUUAAAGGAUCUUCCUAUGUCGGGCCCAUUAAGGCGCUUGUGAAUAAAUGGGACCAAAACUUGGCUCUCUUCUCUUACACUCUCGAGAAAUGGGUGAACUGUCAAAGAUCUUGGCUUUCUCUUGAACCGAUCUUUAACUCUUUAGAAAUACGAAGGCAGCUCCCAACAGAAGCAAAACUCUUCUCUCAAGUGCUAUCCAUGUGGAAAGAAAUGAUGUUAAAAAUACAAAACAAACUGGAUGUUUUGCGAAUAGCCACUUCCACAGGAGUUCUUGAAAUUCUGCAAAAUUGCAAUAUAUCUCUUGAAUACGUAAAGAAAAGUCUUGAGGACUACCUGGAAAUUAAAAGGAUGGCUUUCCCGAGAUUGUACUUCCUUAGCAAUGCGGAGCUCCUUGAUAUUCUAGCUAAGAGCUGGAAUCCGGAGUCUGUGCAGCCUCAUCUCGUGAAAUGCUUUGAAAACAUAAAGCAAUUGUUGAUAGGGAAACAAGAAAUCGGCCCCCCGGCUGUGAUGAUGCUCAUAUCUGCUGAAGGGGAAGCUCUUGUGCUGCCUAAGAAAAUUCGUAUAAGGAAUGCUGUAGAACAGUGGCUGGUAAAUGUGGAGAAAAGCAUGUUUGAUGUGCUAAAAAAGUUUGUAAAGGAAGGGGUCGAGGACUGGAACCACCAGCCCUUUUCCGUGUGGGUGGCUUCCCACCCCGGACAAGUGGCGCUCACUGUGAGCCAGAUCAUAUUUUAUAAUGAUUGUGUCAAAAGUUUUGUGAGUUCUCAUUCAAGAGAAGAGGUGCAAAAAGUCCACGCCGGUAUAAUAUGUCAUCUGGGAGAGACUGCGGAGCUGGUGGUGCUGGACACUAGUAACGCUCGAAUGAAAACUGUGCUAGGGGCUCUGCUGACCCUCUACGUUCACUGCAGAGAUAUAGUGAGCGAUUUGCUUCUUAAAAAUAUAUUCAGUGCACAGGACUUUGAGUGGACAAGACAUUUGCAAUAUAAAUGGAACGACAAGCAAAAGCUGUGCUACGUGUCCCAAGGGGCCGCCAGCUUCUCCUACGGCUACGAGUACCUGGGCUGCACCCCGCGGCUGGUGGUCACGCCCCUCACCGACAGGUGCCGGCUCACCCUCACCGGCGCUCUGCACUUGAACCUAGGCGGCUGCCCCUCCGGUCCGGCUGGGACGGGAAAAACCUCGAGUGUCAAAGAUCUAGCAAAAUCCUUAGGAAAACACUGUGUGGUCUUCCAUUGUUUUGAGGAUUUGGAUUAUAAGAUAAUGGGAAAAUUCUUCUUUGGACUGGUUCAGUCAGGAGCGUGGUGUUGUUUUGAUGAAUUCAACCGCAUUGACGUGGAAGUUCUCUCAGUGACCGCCUCGCAGAUCCAAGCGAUUAAGGCUGCCAAAGACAGCUUUUCUGUCUGGUUUCUCCUGGAAGGAAGAGAAAUUCGUAUCAAUUUGUCUUGUGCGAUAUUUGUCACCAUGGUUUGUGAAUACAAAGGUCGAGGAGAACUCCCUGAAAACUUAAAAUCUCUCUUUCGCCCCGUGGCCAUGAUGACGCCCCAUUAUCAAAUGAUCGCGGAAGUAAUUCUGUUUUCGGUUGGUUUCAAAUCUGCCAAAUCACUCUCCAGAAAGCUGAUUAACCUGUACAAAUUAGCUAGCAAACAGCUCUCGCAACAGGAUCAUUAUAAUUUUGGCCUGAGGUCGCUGAAGACAAUUAUAGUAACAGCUGGAAAGAAGAAACAGAAGUUGAAAUGUAACACGAGUGACAAUCUCUCUGAAACAGAUGAAACUCUGAUCAUUAUUGAAGUUGUAAGAGAAAUUUGUUUACCAACAUUUCUUGCAGAAGAUGUCCUACUUUUCGAAAAGAUUAUAGGAGAUAUUUUCCCUCAAGCCACAGUUUCAAAAGAUAAUCAAAUUGCCUUGGAGAAAGUAAUAUUUAUUGCAACACAACAGCUGGAUUUAUACCAGUGGCCGGCUCAGAAAGAGAAAGUCAUACAGUUUCAUGAUCAACUUCAGGCUUGUGUCGGUGUGAUGCUGGUGGGCCCAACCGGUGGGGGGAAGACCACAGUCCGGAGGAUUUUAGAACGGGCAUUGAUGUUACUACCAGUGGGAGAUUUAUUAUCAGCUGAAGACGAGGUCCCUAUUUCACAGAUUCCAGGAAGAAAAGGAAAAGUGGACAUUUGUGUUUUAAAUCCAAAGUGUGUCACUCUUAAUGAACUGUAUGGACAGUUGAAUCCUAACACUAUGGAAUGGACCGAUGGAUUAUUAUCAGCAGCAAUUCGAAAUUAUGUCUAUUUAAACACCACAAGGACUUCAAAGAAACAGAAUCAUCUCAGACUAUCAAAAAUCUCAGAUUUAUCUAAUGUUUUCCAACUUCCUUUCUAUGAUACAGCAGAUACUGAUGAUAAUAUUUUUAAGUUGGAGAUGGAGGAAGAUGUUAAAGUUACAGAAAGUGACAAGUUUGACUGGCAGUGGAUUGUCUUAGAUGGCCCAGUGGAUACCUUUUGGGUAGAAAGUCUGAACUCUAUGCUAGAUGACUCUAGAACGCUGUGCCUAGCAAACAGCGAGAGAAUAGCUUUAACCAACAAAAUAAGAGUGAUUUUUGAAGUGGACAGUCUCUCUCAGGCCAGCCCUGCUGUUGUCAGCCAGUGUGCAAUGGUCUACCUGGAUCCUGUUGAUCUGGGAUGGGAGCCUUAUGUUAAGUCAUGGCUUUUGAAAACUUCUAAAAUUAUGAGUCAAGCAGGAGUGGAUUAUCUUGAAUUCUUGAUUAAAAAUAGUGUCAAAGAUGGACUGCAGUUUUUAAAGAAACAUCAGAAAUUUCAGCCAUUUCCUGUGCAGGACUUAACAGUUGUCGUAACUCUCUGCAGAAUUCUUGAUGCUUUCUUUGAAUUCAUGGGUAAAAAUGGAGGCCUUGGACAAAGUGAAGAUUUGAAGGGCAUUUCAACUGAGGAGAAAAGUAAUCGGUAUUCAAAAGCUGCUGUCAAGUUCAAGGUCAUAGAAGAGAGGACUGAAAAUAUGUGGUUUCUGGAGAAAUAUCCUGAUAAGUUAAAGAUGAUGAUUCAAAAGCUCUUUGUAUUUGCAUUCAUAUGGGCAUUUGGAGGUACUUUAAAACGUGAAGAUGAACAUGAAAAUGAUAUAUUAUUGUAUUCCAGUUUUGAGCCUACUUCUCUCGCAAGAGUAACCUAUGAUUUUGACGACCUCGUUCAUGAAUUAUUUGAAAGCAACUCACAAGUAGGCAUUAACCUGCCAGCUGGCAAGCACUCUGUCUUUGGGUAUUUUGUGGACAUACAGCAGUGUGAGUUUGUGCCGUGGUCAGAAUUGCUUCCUAAUGUCCAGACACUAAUUCAAAGAGGAACGUCAAUACUAGCUGGUCCUCAGGAAUCCGGUGAAAACCUCUUGAAAGUGACAGAGUAUGGAGAGAGCAUCAACUAUACCGCUACCAGAGACACGACCUGCCUCUCCUUCCUCAUCAGCCUCCUCCUAAAGAGCUCCUACCCCGUGCUUCUCACAGGAGACUUAGGUGUUGGGAAGACCACUAUCGUCAAUCAAGUGCUUGCAAAAUUAGAGAACUCAGGAGGAUUCGAUGUCAAAUAUGGGUCACUUUUAGGAGAAGUCCUCCUAUAUAAUGAAAUUAAAAAAUCAAGGUACCUGAGACAGAAUAUCAGCAUCUUGCUUUCUGAAACUCAUAAGACAACAACCGGAAAUCCAGAUAAGAUUAUUAAAAAUCUGGAAACAGCUGGUGAAAGUUCAUUUAAAAAUAAUAAUAAAGGAAUUAUAGUCUCUAAAAUAAAUUUUAACAUCAAAAUGACAGCUGCCAAAACCAAGGAGAUGAUUCUUAAGAAGUUAAGAAGGAGAACUAUAGACACAAUUGGAGCCCCAAAAAACCACCGGAUUGUAAUUUUCAUUGAUGAUCUGAAUAUGCCUGAGACAGACAAGUAUGGAGUGCAGCCACCCCUGGAAUUAAUCAGACAAUUACUGGAUUUGGGAGGAUUUUACAAUACGAAAAAAAUUGCAUGGAAGAGCGUUCAAGAUCUCUCCCUCGUGGCGGCUUGCGUCCCCUCGGCCGGCAGCCGGGAUGUGAGCCCACGCCUCCUCAAACACUUCUCGCUUCUCGUGCUGCCGCACCCUCCGCAGAGCGCCCUGCACACCAUUUUCCAGGCUCAUUUGGGAAUGUAUUUCUCCAUCCAUAAUUUCACAGCUGAUGUUCAGAAAAGUAAGGAUCAAAUAAUAUCUUGUUGUCUAGCCAUGUACUGUCACAUGUGUCAGAGUAUGUUACCAACGCCCACGAAAUGUCACUACAUGUUUAAUCUUCGAGAUGUGUUUAAGCUCCUCCUGGGAUGGCUGCAGGCUGACAAGGCCGUUAUUAACUCCAAAGAGAUGGCCGCUCUGUUCUUUGUUCAUGAAGCCGCCCGAGUGCUUCACGAUCGCUUAAUUGAGCACACUGAAAAAUUGCUUUUCUAUCGGUUGCUUUCAAAGGAACUUGAGAAUUAUUUUCAGAUUCAAUGGACCCCAGAAUCACUGAUGAAUGACUCCACUAUAUUUGUGGACUUCUUGGAUAUAAACAAGUCUCAUAGAAAAAAGAUCUAUCAGAAUACCAAUGACUAUGAUAAACUUGCGAAGGUACUUAAUGAAUUCCAAAUGAAGUUGAGUCCAACGUCUUUGGAGCUUUCCCACUCCACGGUGUUCUUCAAGGAGGCCAUAGAACACAUCGCCAGAGCUGCCCGCGUCCUUCGGCAGCCAGGGAGUCACAUGUUACUGAUUGGAAUAGACGGAUGUGGGAAAGAAACCUGUGCCAUGCUGGCCUGUCAUCUGACAGACCACAAAGUAUACCAAAUGCCAGUGUCGCACAGCUACGCCUACAUGGAGUUCAAAGAAGACUUUAAAAAGGUGUUUGUUCAAACAGGACUAGAGGGGCACCCCACUGCUCUGAUAGUUGCUAAUUUAAACCUAGAUCAGGAUGCAUUUUUGGAGGAUUUGAACAGCAUUCUCAGUUUGGGAAAAAUACCUGGCAUAUUUGAAAAUGAGGAGCUGGACUCUUUUGCACCAAGGAUUCGCUCUCUUGCUGGACAGACUGAUUAUAUUGAUAGCAGGAAAGCUUUGCUUUCGUUCUUCCAAAAGAGAAUAUAUAAAAAUUUGCAUAUUUUUAUGAUAAUGAGUCCUGCGGGGUCUAACCUCCGCCAGAAUUGUAGAACAUACCCUGCCAUGAUCAGCUCCUGUACCAUCGACUGGUAUGAGAAGUGGCCAGAGGAAGCCCUCCUCAUUGUAGCCGACUCUUUCUUAAGCGAGAAGGUGGAUUUAGAGAACAGAGAGAACUUAAAAGGAAAACUUGCUCCAACAUGUGUCCAAAUCCACAAAAGUAUAAACGACUUGAACACACAAUACUUCCAAAAAACGGGAAGGUAUAAUUACAUUACUCCCCGAAGCUACUUGCGAUUCAUGGAUACAUUUGCACACAUUUUGAGGUCACGAGAGAAGGAACUGCAAACAAAGAGGAAUCGUUUCUACAUGGGUCUGUCCAAGAUCCUGGAAGCAACCGCUCUGGUCACAGACAUGCAGGAGGAGCUCUUGGUUCUUGGCCCUCAGAUAGAGCAAAAGACAAAGGAAAAAGAAACCUUAAUGGAAAAACUACAGAAAGAUUCACAAGUAGUUGAGAAAGUUCAGAUGCUUGUUAAACAGGAUGAAGAAAUUGUAGCAGAAGAAGUAAGAAUCGUGGAAAAUUAUGCUCAGACAACUGCCAACGAGCUGAAGAAUGUCCUGCCAGCCUUGCACAAGGCGACCGUGGCCCUGAACGCCCUGGACAAAGCUGAUGUCUCAGAACUAAGAGUGUACACACGCCCCCCCUUCCUUGUGCUGACGGUCAUGAAUGCGGUGUGCAUUCUUCUGCAAAAGAAGCCCAACUGGGCGACAGCGAAGUUGCUGCUUUCAGAGACUGGGUUCCUGAAAAAACUGAUUAACCUUGACAAGGACAGCAUACCUCAGAAGGUUUUCGUGAAGCUGAAGAAGAUUUUAGCCUUACCUGAUUUCAACCCAAACAAGGUAGCUCUAGUUUCUGUUGCUUGUUGCUCUAUGUGCGAGUGGAUCAUAGCUUUGAAUAACUACAAUGAAGUACAGAAGGUGGUGGGCCCUAAACAAAUCCAAGUAGCUGAAGCUCAAAAUGUUCUAAAAAUUGCACGACAAAGGUUGGCUGAAAAACAAAGAGGUUUGCAGCUGGUUGAAGAACACCUGCUAUUUUUGCAGGCAGCCUACAAAGAUGUUGUUGCUGAAAAAGAAGUGUUAGCAAGUCGAAGAAAGCUGGCCACCAGGCGCUUGCAGUGCGCCUCCGUCUUACUGACCGCGCUGGAAGAGGAGAAGACGCGAUGGCAGGAAACAAUCACCCAGACAGACAGCCAGCUGGAGGGCGUCGUGGGCGACAUCCUCCUCUCAGCGGCUUGCAUCGUCUACAGCGGGGUGUUGACGGCGGAGUUCCGCCAGCUGAUCGUGACGAGAUGGGAGAGUCUCUGCGCCGAGCACGGCAUUGCUUUGUCUUCCAGCUUUUCUUUAAUUGAAGUCAUGGCACAGAAACAGGAGAUCUGCCGAUGGCACCAUCAGGGGCUGCCCCGGGGUCGCUAUUCCACAGAGAAUGCCGUCUUGAUCAAGAGCGGCCUGCAGUGGCCGCUGCUCAUUGACCCGCAUAAGCAAGCGCACGCCUGGAUCCGUCAGAUGGAAGGGCCGAGGCUCCAGGAGGUCUCCACCAAGGAGGACAGCUACAUCAAAAAGAUCGAGCAUGCCAUGAAAACAGGGAGCAGCGUCCUCUUGCAGAACCUCCCUGAAACAUUAGCUCCAAGUUUAAAGGCAGUUUUGAAGAAGGCUGUCUAUCAGCGAAGAGGAAAGCGCUUCAUACAGGUUGAUGAUUUGGAGAUCGAAUAUAAUCCCAAAUUUAGGUUGUACGUAUCUACAGAAAUCGACAACCCACGUUUCCCUCCGUCGGUUUACAACUUUGUCACCGUGAUCAACUUCACGGUGACAUUCCAAGGUCUGCAAGAUCAGCUCUUAUCUACUGUGUUAACUCACGAAGUCCCUCACUUAGAAAAUCAGCGUUUCCAGCUCCUGGAGAGUAUUUCCCUUGACGCUAUUAUUCUUGAAGAAUUGGAGGAAAAAUCAUUAAAUUUACUGCAGAACACACAAGGAUGUGUAUUAGACAACGAGGAAAUUAUAGAGCUCUUAAGGCAAUCCAAAGUCACUUCGAGUGAAAUUUCAAAGCGCAUCAACGCAACAGAAAAAGCAGAGAGCAAAAUUGAAGCGAUACGGACAGCCUAUCUCCCCAUCGCCACCCGAGGCACCCUGCUCUACUUCCUGGUGGCUGGUCUCCCGCGAAUCAAUCACAUGUACCAGUUCUCUCUUGACUGGUUUCGUCAAGUUUUUGUCUCAUCAGUCGUUUCCAGAAGCAAAGAACCAGAAGAACAUGGUUUGAAAAGGGAGAAAGUGCCUCUGAAAAGAGCUCAUGGAAAUAAAAACCUCUCAAAAGAACCUAAGUUAAAACAUGAGAAAAAUCCCUUAGAGGGCCAUCUUAAGAAUUCCAUGGAUGUGUUGACAAGAAAUAUUUUUAAGGUUGUCUCCCCGGCUCUAUUUAAUCGACACAAACUCUGCUUCUCCUUUCUGCUCUGCACGACACUCAUGCAGAACACCACCCCCGAAGGCCCUCCCCAGGGUGCCGCUGGGGCUCCGUCGGAAGAGGAGUGGAGCAUCUUCUUAUCCUCUGGCAGAUGGGCGAGCACCAAAGGCGUGAUGCCCCAGCCUAGACUUGACAGCCUGUACGAAGCCUGCAGGAACGAGCACCUCCAGUGGCUCUCGGGCCCCCGGUGGAAGCAGUGCCAGCACGUCAGGAGCCAGCUGGAGCCUUUCUCCCUGCUCUGCAAGUCCCUGCUCUCCAACGCGCCGCAGUGGGAUGCUUUCAAAGACAGUAAGGCUGUGUACACUCUGAUGAGCACACCUUUCUCUCCAGAAAACGCUUCCUGGGAGGAAAGUAAGAAACCGCCGGAGGAAACUGAACUUUCAGAUGACAAUGAAGAAUUGCAAAGUCCUGUGAACUUCCCCUGGGAGAAACUCACUCCAUUUCAAAGACUUAUUUUGAUAAAAAUCCUUCGACCAGACCGUUUAAAGAAUGCCGUGAGAAAGUUUAUAACUGAAAAAAUAGGAAGUGACUAUAUUCCCAGAAGUGAAAUUAAUCUGAAAGAAUCAUAUAAAGAGUCCACUGCCAGAACCCCACUGGUACUUAUCCACGCGCACGGGGUUGACCUGACCGACACUCUCCUGAAAUUUGCACAAGAGUUGAAAGGAACAGCACAGCAUGUGACCACGAUUUCUCUGGGCCAUGGCCGGGCAGAUAAAGCAGAAAGCCUUGUCGCCAAAGCUCUGACCCAAGCAGAACAAUGGGUCUUCCUCCAGAACUGCCACCUCGCAGCGUCAUUUAUGCCAAGGCUUCGCACGAUCGUGGAGUCGCUUAAUAGUCCAGACGUGACCGUAGAGCCAGAGUUUAGGCUAUGGCUAAGCUCAGAAACAGACGCUGCUUUUCCAAUUCCUAUUCUUCAAAAGAGUUUAAAGAUUGCAGUGGAGAAGCCCAUAGGAUUGAAAAGUAAUUUACUCAAGACAUUCGGCUACAGCGGGAGUGGAGAGGUGACGGAAGAGAUAUUUGAAAAAACUGACUGUGGACCGUGGUGGAAAAAACUUUUAUUCGGCUUAUGUUUUUUCAAUGCUGUGAUCAAUGAAAGAAAAAAAUACGGAAUAUUGGGAUGGAAUAUUGAUUACGAAUUUAGUUCUUCAGACUUCAAGGUUGCCAUGAAGGUGCUAGAAAACACGCUGACCACGCAGGCGGCCGUGCCCUGGCAGGCCCUGCGCUACCAGAUCGGGGACGUGAUUUACGGAGGCCGGGUGACGGACCCCUGGGACCAGCUGUGUCUGAACGCCCUGCUCUGCAAGUUCUGCCACCCCGACAUGCUCAGAGGGGACUGCGGUUUCUCCAGUGAGGAGAUAUAUCCACCAGUGCCAGAACCCGCAAGCAUGGAGGAUUACGUGCACAUUAUCCAGGCCUUGCCUGACGAGGACCCUCACGAGCUUUUGGAAGUGCACCCCGAGGCCACGAGGGGCUUCAGGGAGAUCCAGGGCCAGAAUUUCAUCGACGACCUCACUGUCCUGCAACCAAGAACUACCCCGACCAGCCCCUUGAUCAGCCGGGAGCAGAGCAAGGACAAGCUGGUGAUGGAAAUUGUGUCCGACAUGCUAAAGCGGCUGCCGCUGGCUGUGGAGAAGGAGGAAUAUACCGGAGCCCAGAGCUCACUGAAGUGCAUCAUGUCAGGCUUCAUCUGGGAGUCUCUUUGUAAAGGCCUCACAGGCUACGACCCCCUUAUCCACUGUGUCUUGCUCACCUUUCUGAACCAAGAAAUUGAACGAUUUGAUAAGUUAUUAUUUGUCAUACAUGAAUCUUUGAAAGAUCUUCAACUUGCCGUAAAAGGAGAGAUCGCCCUCAGCCAAGAACUGGAGGAGACACUCGAGUCCCUUCUUACGACCAGAGUGCCGCCGCUGUGGCAGAAAUACGCCUACAAGUCGUGUAAACCCCUGAGCUCCUGGGUCAAUGAUCUCAUCCAGCGACUGAAUUUCUUCAACACCUGGGCCAAGAUGGCUUACACGGCAAUACACCAGCGGUACAUAAGAUUUAUCACAGCUCAGAAGCGCUCUGUCCCGUUCCCUCACCCUGGCCCCACGCAGCCUAAGGAUGAGGAGAAUAAUUUCUUUGGAGGAUUCCCUGCAAGAUACUGGCUGCCAGCUUUCUUCUUUCCACAAGCCUUCCUGGCCGCUGUGCUUCAAGACUACGGAAGGUCCCAAGGACUCUCUAUGGACGCCCUCACUUUUACCCAUCACGUGAUCUCGGACACCGCAGACGUCAGGGAGGAGGAGUUCUCCAUGAUCAUCCAGAAGGAGCUCAACAUCGUCAGGAGAGCCUUUAAGGGCACAGAUUCCACACACAUCGGCGUUCACGUUUUUGGCUUAUUCAUUGAGGGGGCGAGGUGGAACCAUGAAGAAAAAAUACUAGACGACUCGCUGCCGUGUGAGAUAUGUUGUGAUUUUCCUGAAAUUCACUUCUUGCCAACAAAGAUUCCCACCGAAACACCAAAUACUUCUACUAAUCAGACAGAUUCAGAGCUCUAUGCUUUCGAGUGCCCAGUUUAUCAGACACCUGAGAGGUCAAGGACUUUGACAAGUACUGGCUUACCCUCAGAUGUUUUAACAUCGGUGUAUUUAUCCACGAAGAAGCCUCCCAGCCACUGGAUCACAAUGCAGGUCGCAUUGCUGUGUGAGAAGAGUGAAAACUAG